AUGGAAUUCCUGAAAUCGCCGAGUCACGUCACCAGAGCAGCCGGCCUGAGUCAGUCACUGGUUCUCCCUAAAAUUUAUCCUCAUAGAGCAGCGCGAUCCCGUCCAGAACCCGGCGCGCACAUCAAGGGAGCUGCUUGCGGUCCAGGAGGCCCGCUUCCGACCGCCACCUUCAGCCCAAGCAAUGCGCGCACACCUUCUGUAGGACCGAGCACGUCGAGCCACGCAAGCUCUCGAACGGGCUUCGCAGCGACCCCGCGCGCUCUUCCCGUCGGCGUCAGCGGCAGGAGCCUUGGAGGCGUGGCGCGGAACGGAAGCUGCGGAGGAAAGGAUCGUCGCAGUCGGAGUGAAAUCGUUCGUGCAGCUGCGCAAGGCUCGGCGGUGGAGCAGCAGCAGGUUGACGGGGUGGUGCAGGACGGAGCGUCGCGCACGAGCAGCAACGGCACAGCAGGAGCUACAGAUGAACAGAUUCUGGCGUCGAUUCCCGCGCUCGGCGCGACGCUGGACGACCACGGGGGCUGCGUGUUCCGCGUGUGGGCUCCGCACCCUCAGCGCGCCACCUUAGUCGUCAAGCGCGUCUCGCCUGCCCGCGCUGGCGCUGGUGGCAGUGACGCGGAAGGCGCGGCAGCAGAAGGCGAGAGGGUGGAGAUGGGACGCGACGGCAACGUGUGGUUCGCGCGUGUUUUGAACGUUGUUGCCGGUGACAAGUACCACUUCGUGUUCGAGUGGGAGGGCAAGACGCUGGAGAGGCGGGACGCGAGGGCGCGCGCGACGGACUACGAGAGCAACGACUGCAUCGUCGUGGAUCCGCGCUUCUCCUGGACUCCCUUUGAGCCACCCCCGUUCGAGGCUCUCAAUAUUUAUCAGCUGCAUGUCGGCGCUUUCACAGGGCGUCUGCCGGGUGGCGGCACGUUCGCUGCGCUCAAGGAGAAGCUGCCGUACAUCAAGAGCCUUGGGUUCAAUGCCGUUCAGAUGCUGCCAGUGCACGAGUACUGCGGGCAGUGGGGCUACAACCUCCGCCUGCUCUUCGCCCCCCACCCCUUCUACGGCUCCCCCCUGGAGCUCCGAGAGCUGGUCGACGCCGCCCAUUCCCAAGGCAUGGCGGUCAUCUUUGACGUGGUGCUGCACCAUCUGGCGCCCAACCUCAACAGUCUCUGGGAGUAUGAUGGACCGACCAAGAAGGGAGGGCUGUACUUUGACGGGGGGGGCGACUCAUCAUGGGGCAAGACCUUUGCGUGGUGGCAGCAGGAGGUGAAGGAGAUGGUGCUCGAUGCUGCUCGCCUCUUCCUCAACGAGUACAAUGAUACCCCUCUCCGCCCCGUUGUCCCCUCCUCCCGUCCCUCGCUGCCACCACCCUCCUUGCCCCCACCCUCCCCCGCCCAUCCCCAUGGGAGCGCAGGGGACGGGCUGCGGUUUGACUGUGUGCACGCCAUGCCAUGGAAGACCCGCUGCUGCCGCACACACUCCUCACCUGCACUCCUCACCUGCACUCUCCACCUCUCAGCACUCGCACCUGAUCCCCCCAGUGCGCUGCAGCAUGCUCCCGUGUUCCCCAUUCCCAGUGCAUACCCACUCAACUCUCUCCAACCCUGCUCUCCCUACCAAUGCAUGCACAUGCGUGUGCGGGCAGAGAUCACGCCCGAGGUACCGGAUGUGCUAUCAGAGGCGGGGUACGACGCCACGUGGAUGCACACGUCCUUCUACAAGAUGCGCUCCUUCAUGCUCGCUGACUCCCCCCGCCCCCUGGGCCGCCUGCAGGCGCUGCUCACCCUGCUGCCCGGCUACUCCAAGUCAACGCAGUGUGUGAAGUACUUCCUGGGGUCGCACGACCAGGUUGGGUGCCGCAGAGACGGAAGAUAUGACGAUGACAUACAGGGUUACCACAGGUACGCAGUGGACCUAUUUGGAGGCCGUGAGGAUUGGACUGCUCGCGCCAAAGUGCGCAUGUGGUUCGCCUGCCAGGUGUGCGCACAGGGCAUACCAAUGACAUUCAUGGGUUCGGAGACCAUGCAUCCCAGGUGGUGGGGGGUCACCCCUAGGGACAUGCUCGACUGGCAGUACACUGAGGAUGCGGUGGGGCAGCAGAUGCAGGCGCUGGUGCGGGCGGCCAACGGGUUGCGGGCAGCGAGUGCAGCGCUUCAGCGGGGGGCGUUUGAGACGGUGCACUACGACGAGGUCAACUGUGUCAUCGCCUUUUGGCGCCAGACUGAGAGCGAGACACUCCUGGUGGUGGUGAAUGCGGGCGAAGCUCAGUGGGAGAAGGCCGACUAUGGCGUUCGGGUGGGCGGCGGUGAUCGGCCGUAUGUAGAGGUGUUUAACUCGCAAGAUGCCGAGUACGGGGGGUGGGCCACGUCUGGCAAUGCUGGCAAGCAGCUGACCCCGAACCAUGGCAAGCUCUUCGUCAACCUGCCCAAGUGGGGCGUGCUGGUCUUUAGACGAGCUGAAUAG